ACGUAACAACAUAUCGACUCAUCACCAUGGAUCAAUUACCUCAGUUUGGUCGCGCUAUCUUCCCAGGUUUGAUGCCGACAAUGAAGGCUUAUGCCGAACUCCAUGAGAAGAACAGAAGUAAUAUCGAGUCAACACCGCGAGAGGAGUUCACAUAUGGCCCAGACGCACGCCAAAAGCUCGACAUGUACAGUCCAAAGCAAAUCUCUGACGACACACCGAUUAUUGUUUUUGUCUAUGGAGGUGGCCUUGUGAGCGGAGACAAGCGACUGCCCAGUCCGCCAGCAGCCAAGGACUUAGCGUAUGCAAACAUUGGACAUUACUACUCGGUAUGGACAAAUCACUCGACCAAUUAUCAGCCUAAAGGAUUCGUUACAGUGAUUCCUGAUUACAGACGCACAGGCGAUGGUGGUGUCUUUCCCUCGGGAGGUCAAGAUAUAGCAGGUGCCCUCGCUUGGAUCAAGACCCGCUUCGACUCUGGCCACCACAAGCUCUGGAUCAUGGGCAACUCUGCCGGCGCGGUACACUCCACAACCUGGCUCCUCGAACCAUCGCUCGCCGUAUCGAGAAAGAGCGUUCAGACGGGCUCAGUAGUGAUUCAGGGAGUCAUACUAGUCUCUAUGCCCGCACACUUCCAAAAAGCGGGCUCCGAUCGUAUGGGUGUGCUCACCGCAUACUACAAGGACAGAAUGGAGGAGGACUGCGCUCUUGGGCUUGUGUCGAGAGCUGAGACUCCUAUCACGAAGUUGUUGGUGGUGACUGCCACCUUGGACCCCGAGGACGAGAUCCUCGAGGCCAGUCAGGAAUUUGUUGACAAGUACAAGGAGAGAUUUGGACAAGAUGGUUUGAGUGAAGUGUCGCUUGAGGGUCACAACCACUUUAGCACCACUCUUGCAUUGGGCACUGGAAUCGAGCGGGAAGAGUCGUUGGGUGAGGAAGUGUUCAAGUGGAUGGGUCAGAUU